AUGCAUACAAACAAGAGUCAGGUAUUUGCACAAAUGCUUGGACUGUAUGGAACGGAUUUUAGAAGAAUGGUGGGGGCAGAGGGGCUUGAGGAUUCCACGUUAGAUGAAUUCAGGCAUAUGUAUUUAGAUGUUCUAGACAUGUGCUAUGCGAAGAACACGGUGUGCAACCAGAAGAAGAUGGACUGGCUGCAGAUCAGGGAUGUGUAUGAGCUUGAAAACAGAUAUUGCUUUGAUGUGCUUGUAGCAGGGAAUGGGAUGAACGUGUGCAGAAGGGAUUUUGAGCAAGGAGGAGAGUUGGGAAUGCUCCUGAAGGAUUAUGAAUUCAGGCUACUGGAGAAGCUGAGCAUCGUUAGAAAGAUCUAUAAGAAGAUGCAUGAUCAAGGAUUGACAUGCGACGAUCUUGGUAUGAAUGCAGCAAUGCCUGAUGGAUGUGCAUCGCUAAGAAGUAUGAUGAGCACAUCUGCAAUCAGUAAGAGAGCCUCAACAGAUGAAAUAGCUGAGGAAGGAGCCACUAAGACCCGGGGAAUAGCGAUAAUUGUUAAGAAUGCCCAGCAUAACAGGCCUUUGGAGUCUGUAGAGGAUGAGAAAAGCAGUGGAGAGCAUCACACUGGCACUAUGAAUUCUGGCCCAGUGCCUUACCGAUCGACUGACGGCGGCUUGGAAAAGCAUUUAGACACGCCUAAAGGUAAGAGUGAAACGAAUGAAUGGGUCAGGGGAGAUUAUUCCGGCAUACUCAGGCUUUCGCGACGGUAUUGA